AAACAGCUGUUUAGCAGAUGUUUAUACUCUCUAUGUAAUGGAAUGGAACGUGAGACAAAUUAAGCCGUCAAAUUACACUUCAAAAUAUUUCUUUUCCAAAGAUGGUUUCUGUCAUUUUAGACAGUUUUUAUCAUGCUGAUGUUAGUUACAACCCGAAUUCCAGAAAUGUUGGGACGUUUUUUAAAUUUGAAUAAAAUUAAAACUAAAAGACUUUCAAAUCACAUGAGCCAAUAUUUUAUUCACAAUAAAACAUAGAUAACAACGAAUGUUUAAAUUGAGAAAUUUUAAGAUUUUAUGCACAAAAUGAGCUCAUUUCAAAUUUGAUACCUGCUACAAGUCUCAAAAUAGUUGGGAUGGGGGCAUGUUUGCCAUCUCUUCUUUUCAAAACAGUUUGAAGACGUCUGGGCAUCGAGGUUAUGAGUUUCUGGAGUUUUGGUGUUGGAAUUUGGUCCUAUUCUUGCCUGAUAUAGGUUUCCAGCUGCUGAAGAGUUUGUGGUCAUCUUUUGUUUAGUGAUGCGCGAAAUGUUCUCUAUAGGUGAAAGAUCUGGACUGCAGGCAGGCCAAUUCAGCACCCGGACUCUUCUACGACGAAGCCAUGCUUGUUGUAAUAGCUGCAGUAUGUGGUUUUGCAUUGUACUGCUGAAAUACACAAGGCCUUCCCUGAAAUAGACGUCGUCUGGAGGGGAGCAUAUGUUGCUCUAAAACCUUUAUAUACCUUUCAGCCUUCAUAGUGCCUUCCAAAACAUGCAAGCUGGCCAUACCGUAUGCACUUAUGCACCCCCAUACCAUCAGAGAUGCUGGCUUUUGAACUGAACGCUGAUAGCACGCUGGAAGGUCUCCCUCCUCUUUAGCCUGGAGGACACGGCAUCCGUGAUUUCCAACAAGAAUGUCAAAUUUGGACUCAUCUGACCAUAGAACACUUUUCCACUUUGAAACUUUUAAAUGAGCCUUGGCCCACAGGACAUGACAGUGCUUCUGGACCAUGUUCACAUAUGGCUUCCUUUUUGCAUGAUGGAGAUUUAGUUGGCAUCUGCAGAUGGCACGGCGGAUUGUGUUUACCGACAGUGGUUUCUGGAAGUAUUCCAGUGCCCAUUUAGUAAUGUCAUUGACACAAUCAUGCCGAUGAGUGAUGCACUGUUGUCUGAGGGCCCGAAGACCAAGGGCAUCCAAUAAAGGUCUUCGGCCUUGUCCCUUACGCACAGAGAUUUCUCCAGUUUCUCUGAAUCUAUUGAUGUUAUGCACUGUAGAUGAUGAGAUUUGCAAAGCCUUUGCAAUUUGACAUUGAGGAACAUUGUUUUUAAAGUAUUCCACAAUCUUUUUACGCACUCUUUCACAGAUUGGAGAGCCUCUGCCCAUCUUUACUUCUGAGAGACUCUCUAAGACAUCCCUUUUAUAGCUAAUCAUGUUACAGACCUGAUAUCAAUUAACUUAAUUAGUUGCUAGAUGUUCUCCCAGCUGAAUCUUUUCAAAUGUUCUUGCUUUUUCAGCCAUUUGUUGCCCCCGUGCCAACUUUUUUGAGACCUGUAGCAGGCAUCAAAUUUUAAAUGAGCUCGUUUAGUGGAUAAAAGUGUAAAAUUUCUCUGUUUAAACAUUUGUUGUGCUAUCUAUAUUCUGUUGUGAAUAAAAUAUUGGCUCAUGUGAUUUGAAAGUCUUUCAUUUUAUUCAAAUAUAAAAAACGUCCUUACAUUUCCGGAAUUCGGGUUGUAAAGUGUUUGUUCUUUAACGUUUGCUUUUAGUUAGUUAUUUGAUUCUAUAAAAACGUGAGUUUUGAUGUCAUGAUUGACAGCUUCUCUCAGCGAAGUAACGUUACCCACUGAAGCACCAACAGAUUUUUCAGAUCUUCGGGGGGAGAUUGGAGCUUUAACUUAAAUUUCUACAUUUCCAUAACUGUUUAUUUCACACCGACAUAUUGAGUUGUUCUAGUUGUUUUAUUAACCGAUUCUGCGGGAGUGUGGGCAGGACCUUGAUAUCGUCUCCGCUUCGAGCUCACGCAGACUCCGGCUCCAAGUUCACUAUGCGCAGACUCGAGACUCAAGCUCGAGAUGUCAGCGCAAUAUUGGCACACUGGCGGCUUCAAUUAAUACAGUGUAAGAGAGUGAAAGUGCGUCAUCUAUCUUUUUUUUUUUUUUUUUUUUUUUUUUACAGUCCAUGUUAGGGAUGGGCAACUGGUGGCCGCAUACGGCCCGCAAUGUCUUUAAAUACGGCCAUUUGGACCACUCGGAUGAUCAAUUUUAAAACACUGAAAAGCAAGUAAUGGAAAGAUUGCAUUCAGAUUAUGAUGUUAAUACUAAAUCAAACCAGGAGAGGUCGCUAUUUCCAGCCGAUCCCCGUAUUGAUUACAGUUUAGAUGGUUUAGCUUUCCAUACGUUCCGCCUCUAAUUCGCGGGCUUGAACGCCAUUGGCCGACGUAGAACAACGGCAUUAUUCCAAUCAGGCAUCAGUAUUUCUAGGAGAAAGAACCUACUUUUUCUUUGUGUUUAAAAAACAUUUUAUUUGGUUUUACUAAUAUCCCCUCAAAUAAAAGGAAAUAUUAUAAAGUUUUUAUUUAUGCCAAAUUUCAUAUACAAUCAAUGUAACUACAGUGAAACCCACCCUUUGUUUUUGAUUCUUGAAAAGAAAUUCAAAUAUACAACAAGACUAUUUUUCAUUCACAUAAUAAGAAAGCAAUUAAAACUCUCUAUCUGAGUCCUUUAAUGUAUUUAUAGUUUAAUGAUUAGCCUACCCCCUGGCUGUAUGUUUUUCUAUGUAUUAUUGUAGUUCUGACUGUACAUUGACUUUGUUUGAAGUUUAACAAAAUAAAUAAAAAUCUAGGAGAAAGGUGUUCCCCAUAGCGCCAGCUUCUGACAUAAUGUCAAAGUGACAGAAAUCGAAUAGGAACUGCAGCGCACUCUUAAGAUAAACAGAAAGAUAUAUAAUUCAGUUAUCGUUAUAGUUUUCUUUAUAGUUACCGUUCUUGGUGUGAACAGACCUUAAUAGCGGCUGGCAUACUUUCACAUUAUAUUUAAAAUCGGUAUUUACUGUAGGUUAUAUCAUAUGAGUUUUUAUUUUUUUCUCACAGAAAACAAAAAACAAUUGAAAUUGGUUAAAUUUCUGUACAAUUUGAUGCUGUAAAACAUGUUUUGUGCGCGUGCGUGCCUGCCUGUGAGUGGCGCUCGAUUCACAUUUUACAAAUAGGUUGCGUCUUAAAUCCUCAUGUGCGCCUACCUACCUAGACAGCAUUUUAGGCAUCACAAGCGCCUUCCGAAGCAACAGAGUUUUUGGACAUCAUUGAUGCGCCUAGCAUUUUCUCCAAAAUGCCGCUGAAUUGGAGCAACAACGUUGCAAAAUCAACGGAAUGAUGUCCUAAAAUGUUGUCUAGGUAGGAAAGUCAUUAGGGUUUGGGACACAGCCAUGGUUCGACACUUCAUUUCUCACCGUUCAUUCCUGUGAUCAGCAUCCUGUAGUGCACGUAUGGCUCUCUUCUCAUCCUCUCAGCCUGACUGUAAGCUCGUCCUGACGAUGCUGCGCGGAAUCAAACACUCAUUCGUCUUCUGCGUCAGGCUUGCGGCGUUUCCUCGCGGAUGCUGAAGAUCUGCAGGUUGAAGACAACCCCUGAUGUCAUCUACUCAAAAUUAGUAUCUCAACCAACAGUGAGAAAGAUGCUAAUACUUACUUUAGCUUUAAGUUUGAAAGCAGAGAGAGCUCCAGACCUCAAGGGAGGACCAACAAGACUCUACAUGAAAGCCUGAGAACACAUGAGCCUUCAGGAAACAUGAGUGUGAAUGAUGAACACACCAGACCCUUCGGGACCAGCACUGAAGAUGGCUGUAAGGAAAUCAGGAAUAACAACAACAGGCAUGCUGAGCAUUCCCUGGAUGGAGAUGCCAAUGCUAAUGAAAUCCAAAGGGGAGAUGGAGAAACAACUUUGGAGGCAACUGAUGCCCUGUCCUCUGUGGUAUCUCACACUGAGGAACAGGUGAAAAUGAUUAUCCAGGCCACAGAUUCUCCGUGUGAUGACCCGGAACUGGCUGAGUUUGAGAUGCUGGAAAGUCAAGAACUAGAGGAUGAGGAAGAGAACAAUGUUCCUAAAGGUUACACAAAAGGGGUUCUAUCCACCGAUAUGAAGAACACUGAAGCAAAAUCUCAGAAGUAUAACAAAAGUUUUUCCCAGUUUACUUCAAAAGAGCAAGAGUCUACUGUUUGUCCUCAGUCCACUAGCAAAGAAAUGGUGAUCAGCAUAGCCAGGACUGACUUUAGCUCUGAAAAUGAUGUUUUUGUUUCUUGCCUUUCCGCAAUGUCUAGUCUUGGAGGAAGUCUUGCUAGUGCCCUGGACCAUGCUGGUCGAACCCACAGCUCUGAUUCGUGGCAUGCUCCCUCAGAGCCAUACCGAACUCUCUCUGAGGACCUUUCCCUUGUCUCACAGUACUGUUUGACAAUUUCAGAUAAAAGCCAGAGCUCCCUACAUACUGAGGGCACGCAUCAUCAAGCAGGAAAAAGUACAACGCACAUCGGCAGCGUCAAUCUCAAUCUUAACUCUACCGCAUUGCCUGAGGAACCUCUUAUAGAAGCACAAGAAAACCAACAAGCUACAGACUUUCUAAUAUCUGAGAGCUCAGGUCAACUGACAAAUGGCAUGAGUGAAUGUAGCAUUGCAAGGAUUACAAAGGUCCCUAAUGAAUCAGGAAGUGCCAGUCAGGAUGAUCUCAGAGAACCUGGAAUUCAUGUAAAGGAGAACCUUGCAAAAGACGAAAAGUCUCCAAAUUUGAAAACAGUAUCAACUGACAAGAAAUGUUGCCACCCUUUUGUCUCAGACAACACUCAGUCUACUUCACAAAACAGAAGGUCCUCCAGUGAUUCCACCUUUGAUAUAAAGAAUAAACUCAAAUCCCAGGAUGAGGAAUCUCCUGAAAUUGCUAUUAAAACCUCGAAACUAACCUCAAAGGGUGCACCUGUCCAUUCUGAUUGUUCUGAACCCCAACCGUACAAGAAGCAAGCAUCUUUUGAAAAGACCCGAAGAUCUAGUUCAUCGAGUUUGGAAAGGCGAAGACCUUGGGGCAGCCCGUCUCGCUCUGAGACCCCUCCAUCCCUUAAAACCACCUGUUCACCUCGGAAACAGCCACCUUCAUCACCAGCCAAAUAUAUUAGCACAAGAGAAGCAAGCCAGGAACAGAGUGAAACCUUACAGAGGGUAAACACUGGUUUGAGGCAACCGAGUAAAAGCUUUCUAAGUAGUAGUAGCAGUCUCCCAAAACCUGUCGUUCCUCAACAACCCUCUAGAGCAGAGCCUGAAUCUAAAAAGUCUUCUCCACCUCAGAAGCCCAAAAAUGUUCGGCCAAAAAUCAUAACCUAUGUCCGCAAGAGCCCUCAAGCAAAACCAAUGUCUGAAGGUCCCUAUGAAGUAUCGACACUGCCUCCGAGACUUACACCCUACAGUAGCUCACCAACCUCAAAAGAGCCCAAAGCCGAGGGGUUCAGAGGUUCGCCUGUGCUCAGCUCCUCUAAUAUCCUUUAUGACAAGUAUCGCCAGGAGGUACAGAGGUCAGGGUACUACUCCCCUCCAGGACUGAUGGCAUCUGGGAUCAGGACACUCAGCCACACUGUCCCCCAUAAAUUGGUGGGCAAAUCAGAGAGUUUCCAUGGAGAGCUGCCAGAUCAAUACUUACAUGAGGUUGGUAGAGCGGUUCAGCUAAAUACCCAUGAUGCCGCUGCUUCCGUUUUCCGCUUUCCCAGAGCAUUAAGGCCUCAGCUUGGUCUUGGAGCCGUCACCAGACAGCCUGCUACUAAGAACAGGACUGUAUUAUCAGGUCAAAGGUCGGCAUCACCCCUCAGUUAUACUGCUCCAGCUGCUCAGGCCCCAAGUAGUCACCAAGAACCUGUGGUGGAUCAGAAAAGACUAGCAUUGGGUGUGGCCCCCAAAUUUAUGCUCCCCAAACCGGGUCAAUCUGGACUGCGUCCUCCCGGCUUCUCCCAUCUUCCUCCUGCUCGACUGGCUGCCUUUGGCUUCGUCCGCAGUGCUAGUGUGUCAUCUGUAUCCAGCAACCAAUCAAAUGACAGCACACACAGUGACCCCUGCAGAUCCAGCCGUCCACACAGCGGCAGUGAUGAAAGCCUCCUGUCGCGCUCUCCUCUCCCUCCUGCUGAGAGCCACAGCAGCAGGACUCAUAACCGCAGCAGCCCCCCGCCCCCCAGCGGCCCCGCCCCCACCCGCCGCUCUCUGCACCUGCCCCCUCGCGCCUCACCCGUGGCCUCUAGAAAGGAGUUUCAAAGGGAUGGAGAAAUCAGCCGUCCCAUUGUGUCAUCCCCGAAGAGGUUUGCAGUGGUCUCUCCCAAGCCUCAGUCCCCGGUGCGUCAGAAGUCAUGUGUGGCCCGUCUUGGUGGGCGUUCAGAUGGUGUGGAUGCCGAGCGGGAACGAUUGAUGGUGCAGAGACUGAAAGAGAGAUGUGAAGAUCAGGCCCGGCAGCUGGUCAGCCUGCAGGAUGAGCUCAGGAAGUCCUCACGAUGCCUGGAUGUGUUCACCAUCACCACCCAACACUUCUGCCGGAAGAGCGAGAGUGCUGCUGUGAAGGAGAGGGAGUUAUCCCUGCAGUUAUCCAGGAUCAGGGAUGAAGUGGUGGUCAGUGUUCAGCGCUGGGAGCGUCUGCAGGGUGAGAAGGCCCAGCUGGAGCAGAGUUUUGAGCGGGAGCUGAAAGGACUCCAAGAGGAGCAACAGCAGAAGCUCAAGGCCCUAGAGGAGAGACUGGUAGAGGAGCACAACUCUGAGAUACAGCGACUCCAGCAACAACAGAACAGCCACCUGGUGCAGCUACGUUCCCAGCACCAGGAACAGAUCGAGGAGAUGAGUGAAAACCAUGAGACGGCCAUGGUGGAGAUGGAAGCGACUCAUGGUGCCACACUGGCCACUUUACAGGAAGAACACACCAGAACCAUCAAGAACCUGAAGAUGGCACAUGAGCAGCAAAAGAAGUCAAUGGAAGAGGAAUUUGAGAAACUCAGACUCUCACUGCAGGAUCAGGUGGAUACGUUGACAUUUCAGAACCGCUCUCUGCGAGACCGGGCCAAGCGUUUUGAAGAAGCACUGCGCAGAAGCACAGAUGAGCAGAUAGUGGAUGCUCUUGCUCCAUAUCAGCAUAUUGAGGAGGACCUGAAGAGUCUAAAAGAGGUUCUGGAGAUGAAGAAUCAGCAGAUUCAUCAACAGGAGCUCAAAAUUUCAGAACUGGAAAAAAUGGCUCAAAAGAAUGUUUUGUUGGAGGAGCGUAUUCAGGUGUUACAGCAGCAAAAUGAAGACCUUAAAGACAGGAUUGACCGCAACCUUGCAAUGUCCAGGCAACUGUCAGAGGAAAAUGCCAAUCUGCAGGUGUACGUUGAGAAAGAGAGCAACGAGAAGAAGCGACUGAGUCGCACCAACGAAGAGCUUCUGUGGCGUCUUCAAACGGGCGAGUUGAGCCCUCGAAUGUCUCCCACCCAGUCGCCCCUUCAUCGACCGGCCUCUAGUCCCGCUUCACCCUCCCGACAACAGCCCUUCCCUAGAUGAGUGUCCAAUUAUCUGCCUUUCACACUCUGUUUUGUUCUUUUUUUGUAUCUUUAACUUAUAUUUCUCAUCAUGUGGAUUCUGAUUGGAUGGAACGGAAGAUGCUCCCACGCCUCUUACACCAGUGCGUUUUCUGUUUCAUCACAUCUCAACUUACUGUUCAGUGUUACUGUAUUCUUUGUAAGUUGCUCUUACUGAAUAUUGAUAGGCUUUGAUACAGUGAUCAGUGAUGAGUUUGAGUUGGAGCAUAGUUGAAGGCAUGUAUAUGGGGAGUUCACCCAAAAAUUAAACAUUUUGUCAUUAUUUACUCAUUCCAAACCUGCAUGACUGACUUUCUUAUGUGAAACAUAAAUGGAGAAUUUUUAAAAAAAAUUGCCAUUGUUGCUUUUUUUCACACAAUUAAUGGGGACUUAAGUUUUCAAGCUUUAAAACAAUGCAUGAAAGUCAAAUUAAAGUUUACUCAUAAUCUUCACAAAAUCAGUCCUAUUCGUGAAAGAAUCGAUCAGUGGUGCAUUUCCCAAAAGAAUUGUUAGCCAACUAUGGACGCAAGUUCUGUCCAAGUUAGUUCAACGUUUCUGUUUCCUGAAAACAUAGUCCCAACGAACAUUUACAAACAGCAUCGCAAAGUUGCGUGGCCGGUACUACAGCUCUCGACCUGUGGUUAGCAGCAUAGUUUCUUGUUAAUAUGACGUGGACUUAAGCAGAUCUGCUCUUGAGCAAAAUAAGCAAGCAACAUGCAAUACAUUCUAUAUCUUUCAUUCCACAUAUAUUCCAAUUUCAUUCUACGUAUUUUAGUUCAUCAAGAGAAUGAAAGCUGUGUUUUUAAAGAAUGCACAUGUGCCCCAGGAAGUGAGGUAAGAGGGAACCCGCAAUUGAAUCAAACAUCUGGAAAUAAAGCAAAACAAUGAAGAACAAAAGUAGACCUCAGAUGCUAUGUUCAUUAUUUACAGCAAUGAUCUGACAAUAAUUACAUCUUGAAGAGAAUUAUUAGUAGUUAUUACUCCACCACCUGGACAUCAUAAACAACUGCUCUUUAUUGUUGAACCAAUGUGGUUUUAAUGACAGAUGUGAGAAAAAGUUACUACAAUUUUGGGAAACAGUCAUGACAAGGCUAGUUGAUUCCUCCAAAGAUGCAUCAUACUAUGGUAGUUACGCAGCGAGUUAUGUUGUUGUAUGGGAAAUGCACAACAGAUCAUUUAUUAGCAACUGGAUCAACCAAUUAAUUAACAACCAAUUCAUUCAAACUCAAAAGAACAAUUCAUUCACCAAUUGGACAUUGCUAUUUUUCUCCCAAAGACCAAGGAAAGAUGUCAAGAAUUAUGACCAGUAAGAUUUUGGCCGGUUCUCACAGCCGUAUGACUUUAGUAGUCUUGAAAUGUAGUGCACAAAUUGUAUAGAUCACUUUUAAUACACCUUUAUGGUGUUUUUUGUUCUUUUUGAAGCUUGAAAGCAUCAGUCCCCAUUCAAUGUAAUUGCAUGGAAAAGAGCAACCAGCACAUUCUUCAAAAUUUCUCUUUUUGUGUUCCAUGAAAACAGUUUGUAAUACGCAUUUGUUAAAGUUGUUAAAUGAACAAAUGUAACAGAGGCAAGCUAGUAAGAGCUGUGCAAGUAAACCUCACUCCCCUGGCCUCAAGAGGUGUGCUGGCGACUGACGCUGGAGACUGGUCUUUAGGGUCCUUGUUAGCGUGCCUACCCCCCAUGCCGGAGAUGCCAGUUCAAGUCUCGCUCAGAACGUGUCGAGUAGGACUGAUUACCUUUGGUGCCGUGACUCGGAUGGGAGUGAGGUUUAGGGGGUGUAAUGGUGGCAAGCUAUUAAGAGCUGUGCGAGUAAACCUCACUCCCCUGGCCUCAAGAGGUGCAAUAGCGACUGACGCUAGAGGCUGUGGUCUUUAACGUUUUUGUUAGUGCACCCACCUCCAAUGCCGGAGAUGCAGAUUCGAAUAAAGGGUAAAGGGUUCGGGGUUCGGGUAAAGUAGGACUGAUUACACAAACAUGAUCCUACAUUAUAGAGAACAGAAAAGGAACAUUAUGCUCCUUUUCUUUGCUUUAAGACUUUAUCGUGUCCAUCACAAUGUUGUGCAUUAUGAUGUUUCACAGGCCAUUUUGAAAUGUGCAUUUUUUUGUACCUUCUAUUCUGAUGGAUUUGGCCUUUGGGCUUGUGCUGAGGUUUUCUGUUUGAACAGGACAUCAUCGUGUUUGUUCUCCAACCUUUGCCUAUGGUCUCAAGCUUUUCCAAAGAUUGAUCAGGACAACAUAUAUACCAGUUUUACUAGAAAUAUUUGCCUUUUUCAAAGGAAAGCCACCCACCAGCAACCUUCUGUGCAAGCUGAGGCAUUACUGUACUCAACACACUCAACAGGAAAACACAGGCUUUACAGGCAAGUUUAGGAUGGACAUAUCAUUCAACUGAGGUAAAUACUUUGUCAAAACAGGAUGCCAACUAAUAGUUAUGUAGUCUAGGAGGUUAAAUGUUGAUGCAAACGUGAUUUUUAAAAUGUACUUAAACUUUUUAAGGUGGUUCAUCCACAUGUUGUAACCACUAUACAAGGAUGCUAAUAUUAGCAUGAACUGACAAUGCAGUAGUGUAAACGACUUACAGUACAAAACGUCAACCUGCCAUCUUUACCUUCGUCUUCUCAGUCAUGUUUGUGAGGGAAAACGAUCAUCAUCCCUUCAUCUCAACUAUCCUUGUUUACAGAAAUUUCCAGAAUGCAUUACACCAUAAGAACUGCCUGUAAACUUGACGCCAGAGGUCUCAGUCAUGGCUGUUUAUGUUCCUCUUCUCUGUACAGAAUGUAUCAUAAGUCUUCCGGUUGCUCUAACCCAGAUAACAUGCUUAACCGCAUACAUGUGGACACUACUGAGGGUAUUUGCCCUACUUUGAAGAGACCUGGCUGCAUAAUAUUAAACUGAAGGUUUGCGAAAGUACUACAGAGCAUAGCGUUAGCAUUUUAAGUUUGCAACGCGCUAUCAUGAGUACCUCACUUCUUGAAAUGAAAACGCAGGCCUCUACAGAGAUUUCUUGUGUAUUGUAAUACAUUCAGGGUCUACAGUGUCAAAGGCAUGGUCUCAAUACAGGAAGUUCUCUAGUCAUGAAUAAGAACCAGAAAGUAUUCAAACUGCACCUGUGUUUAUCUUCCCUGAAUGUCCUACAACAACUUGUAUAUUAGGUGGAUCAUUUGUAUUUAUAUAUGCACUUACAUUCUUGCUGACGUUGAGGUAAAAGUCUGGAUUCAAUCUAUGUGAACAGUAGAUAGGAAGUCAUAUUGUUCAUGAAUGUUCCAUUACUUAAUGUCUUUAGGGGAAAAUAUUUUAUUUUAUUUUAUGUCCAAGUGUACUUAGUAGUGCAGCUAUUAGUGAUUACAUUUUUGUGAGUUGCUCAAAUGACCAUGAUUGAUUUUCAUAAGAACAUAAAAUCAUUAUUAGUUUGCGUUAUUUAGCCUUAUUUGUGCAAACAGAGAGUAAAAAUCGUUGUUGCCAUUACAAACCAUGAUGGCUGAUACCAUUGUACUGGUGAAUUUUAUUUCCUGCUCAUUCUCAGAGUAUCAUUACCUCCUGUCUCAGUCAGAGAUCUAGCUCAGGUUAGGAAGGUGCGUUACAAAUGUCAUUUCACAGUACAUAAUGUAAACUAAAUGAUACAUUUGAAGGUUGGUGUCAAUGUAAUAUCAGACUUGUAAAUGUAUUUCACUCAUAAAGCAAUUAAUUCGAAAGCUCUGAAUGAAAUAUUGAAAUGUCAAACCAACUACCUGAAUGCAGAGGAACAUUCUACUCUGUUGAGGUUCCUUGGGUGUCUGCUUGGAUUAUAUUUAUCUUUAGGGUUAGCGAAUGCUAAGCGAAUCUUCAAUCAACCAGGUUGUGAAAUGCACUGAUUUUUUUUUCUUUUUUUUUUUCUGUGUGUCCCAUGGACAUGAUUAUGGAAUUUCUGAAUGUUUCUUCGUAUUCUUAAAGGAAUAGGUCAGCUGAAAAUGAACAUUUACUCACUUUCAUUUAGUUACAAAAUUGUAUGUUACUUUUGUCUACAAAAUGUGAGUUUUGAAGAAUCUUACCCUUGUGAAAAAGAAGUGCACUUAAUUGUAUUGAAUGUGCACUUGUAGUGUAGUGUACUUUAAAUGUUAAAAGUAUAUUUAAAAAAUUGGUACUUGCAGAGAAUAUAAAUAAGCCACUUAAGUGUACUUAAAUAAAAAGCCACUUACGUGUA